AUGGCGACAACGACGACGUCUGCGUAUAACGCAAAUAGACUGGAAGAGUUAAAACGUCUUAUUGAGGGGGAAUUGGACGAGGAACUGCACAAAAUGGAAGAGAAAGGAAUCUUUCCAAAAAGAAGUUUCUGUCGUAAUAGUGACGGCAAUUUCGACAACAAGUGUCCUUAUUCAGCUCCUUAUUGUUUCACUGGGAUAACAUCCAACGGAGACGCGAGUGCACAGAACGUGUGUUCGCCCUCACCAGAUCCAUGUGGCGGAGUUCCCUGUAGCUCACAAGAAAAAUGUGAAACGUACUACCUGAGUGGGGAACCUGGUUUUAGGUGCACAAUCAGUGACGAAGUUGAAGAUUUUGUCCGUUUCUGUGACUUCUGUGAGAAUGACCUUGGAAGGCAGUGCGAGACACUUUCACAAGGCGGGUUUGGUUGCAUGCGGAAAUCAGGAGGAAGUCGGAUACUAAACUGACACAGAGUUGUGAUUAAUUGUAUCUAAUCUGAAGUACUUAUCACGUGGUAGACCAAUGUACCCUACUAGUAAAUAACUAACAUGUGAUGUAUAUUACACCGUCAAAUAACGUGUUAAUAAAAUUAUUAUGUAUACUACAUA